AUGGGCGACUUCAAUGCAAAGAUUGGUUCAAACAACGCGGACCUUGAACGCGUCAUGGGACGCCAAGGCCUAGGCGAGAUGACCGAAAACGUGGAGCUGUUUACAGAAUUCUUUGAAGCGGAUGCUGCUGUCCAGUGGUUUGACCAAAUGAAUGUGGAAUUGAAACAGCUCAACCAUGAAGCCGCUGUGUACGCCUGGGACGCAAGCACACUUUCAACGCAAACAGCGACCAUUGAGAAAAUAAUCCAGCUCACGGUGCGUAAAGCUCACUGGGAGCAGGCAAUGUGCAGCCGGGGGGAAGCAUACAGAGACUUCAAUGCCAGCUUCGACAGAGCCCUCACUCUGCUGUGCCGAACGACGAAAAACACAGACGAAGAGAUAAGGGAUAUUGCAAGUUUAUUAGGAUUUAUCCAAAGUAUUUAUACUGGAACUCAAGUUUGUCUCACGAGUACUUUUAGUAAUAAAAAGCUACUCUGGAAGCGAACUUUUUUUCGAUACCCACAUUUUGGAAACAAAAGUCAAAUUAAUCCCAUUUCGCAAGCUGUAACCUCAUGUCUCAAUGGAGAACCGGAUAUGGAACAGCUGAUGACCAGAGAAUCAUUACAGAAUUUUAAAGCAAUUGCAAACUGUUCAUCGAACGAUGGGUCCGUAUUGAGCUGGGCUUGGGAAUCGUGGAGGUUAGCCGUUGGUCCUCCGAUGAAAAAGCCGUAUCAGCAGCUAAUCACUUACAUGAACAUCGGAGCACGCAGAGCUGGUUAUCAGGAUAUUGGUGAGAUGUGGCGGGAUGAAUUGGAAAUGCCGAAGCUUCGCGACAUCGUUGAGCGGCUUUGGCGCGAUGUUAAACCUCUUUACCAAAAACUACACGCAGUCGUCAGAUAUCAGCUAAAGCAAGACUUUCCAGAUGUAGACCAGUUCGAUGGUUUGAUACCAGCACAUAUCGCUGGAGAUAUGUGGAGUCAAAAUUGGGCUACUCAAGCUGAUGCGAUUUUACCCCAUGAAGCUACCCUGGAACGAAGCUUUAAGGAAAGCAAUCGCAGCGCUAUGCAACUGGUUAAAAGAGCAGAGGAUUUUUUUUCCUCGAUGGGACUACCGAUGAUGACGAAAACCUUUUGGAUGAAAAGCGUUUUCGAGCGAACUGCAAAUGUAACCAAAUGUCACGGAACUGCAGCUAACAUGUACGAGCAUGAGGACUAUAGGAUGGUAGCUUGUUCACGAAGUUCGAUGGAUGAUUUUUACGUUAUUGUUCAUGAGAUGGGACAUAUCAUGUAUUACAUGCUAUCCUCAAAUCAACCUACGAUUUUUCAAGAUGGAACCAACUCGGCAUUUCAGGAAAGUAUUGGAGACACCAUACAUCUAGCUACAAUGAGUCCGCUUCAUUUAAUUCGCUGUGGCCUGUUGAACUCUUCAUAUUUAAAGCCACAAUACAGCAAUAACCUCAACUCAUUCGACUACAGUCUACUGCUGAAGAUAGGACUAACUAAGCUUCCCGCGUUGCCGUUCUCCUACAUAAUGGACCGUUACCGGUGGGAUCUGUUCGAUGGAACCGUUGACUUCGAGAACGAUGCAAACAGGUAUUUUUGGUAUUUGCUGCAAAAAGAACAAGGAAUUCGGCCAGCUUCAUCGGUAGAUCGGAAAGAUCUGUUUGAUGCUGCCGCUAAGUAUCAUUUUUCGGAUAACACACCGUACGUGCGAUACUUUCUGGCAAACUUUCUAAGUUUUCAGAUUCUGGAAGGGCUUUGUAAAAAAUCGAUUUUUGGAGAUGUACAUACAGUAAACCAACUGCCAAUGCCACUGCACCGCUGUGAUAUAUACGGCUCGAAAAGAGUAGGUCGAUUACUGGAAAAGGCAUUGAAAUUAGGCGGAUCUCAACAUUGGACCGUAGUAUUGGAGAUUUUAACCGGAGCAACGGAAAUAUCGUCUCGACCACUGAUCGAAUAUUUCAAACCAUUGAGUACGAUGUUAGACGAGAUUAUAACUAAGUGGAAUCUUCCAGUUGGAUGGAAAAUGCAGUCUGAAGUCGAUAGAUUAUUCAAUUAA